AUGUUUUUAGAAAAGUUCUCUCCGAGUGCUGAAGUGGAGAAGCUAAAAGAAGAAUUUCUCACCAUUGAUCAGGGUGAGAUGUCUAUUUCUGAGUAUACGGGUUUGUUCAACGAUAAAUCCCGUUUCUGUCCCGAGUUUACGUUGAAUCCAAAACUACUUUGUAAUCAUUACCAUCGUCACAUGAAGCCGGAAAUUAGUGAGUUUAUUGAUACUACUAUUUAUGAUGAUAUGCCUAAAAUGAUGAAUAGGGCAUUAGCUCGAGAACGGGAAUUGCAUAGGAAAGCUUCUGAUGUAGCAGGGAAACGACGAAUUGAGGAGAUGUCAUCUUCUUCUUAUCAAGCACCAAUUAAAAAGGUAAGAUUUGAGGGAAAGUCACAGCAGCAGCCGUCGCCUCAGCAGAGUAGACAACAGUUUAAACAACAAAGUCAGCAAGUGCGGCAGUUUCGACAACCCCAACAGCGCCCACAGACAUAUCAACAACCUAGGGUGGAUUGUCCUGUUUGUAAUCAGUGUGGUAGGCGUCAUUUGGGCGAGUGUAAGUUUGGGAAGUCCUGUUAUCGUUGUGCCAGUACCGAGCAUUUGGGAAAAGAUUGUCCUAUCCCGUAUCGAUUAUGCUUUUAUUGUUUUGGGGAUGAUCACUUGAAAGCAGAUUGUCCAAAAAUGAAAGAAGAUAAUAGGAAAGCUGAACAGAAAAAGAGAGAAACUGGGAAGAAUGUUCAUGUCGGAGGUUCUAGGCCUAGGGCUCGAGCUUUUCAAAUAACUACAGAGGAUACAAAGGAGUCUCAUGACGUGGUGACAGGUACCUUUAUUGUUAAUUCUAUGCCUGCACACGUGCUUUUUGACUCCGGAGCUUUCAAAUCUUUUGUAUCAUCUUCUUUUUGUGAAAAGUUUAAGCUUCCCUUGUGCAAACUUGAUUUCCCUUUAGAAGUAGUAGUAGCUGCUCAUAAAUCUGUAGUUGUAAAUGAUGUAUACAAAGACUGCAGUAUAGAGAUAAAUGAUGAGCUGUUUAAAACUAAUCUAAUUCCCAUGGAAACGGGAGAAUUUCAUGUUGUCAUAGGCAUGGAUUGGUUGGGAGAUCAUGGGGAACUAUCAAAUGUCAUAAAAAGAUUGUUCAGCUGCGCGGACCAAGCGGGAAGAAGAUAA